AUGAGUAAGCCUAGCUUCAAAACAGUAAUCUACGCCACUCAUGAUGGAGUUGACAUUGCUCUGGACUACCGGCUGCCGAGCGUAGCAAGUCCUGACGCGAAAGUCCCAAUUCUCUUGUGGUUUCACGGCGGGGGCGCUUGGUCUCACUUGGUCAACGCACCCGAGAAGCAUGGUCUCUGCGUUGUUUCGGCUGAUUAUCGACUGGCACCUCAAACCCGACUUCCAGGAAUCCUGGCAGAUAUUGCAGCUUGCAUUGCAUACUUGCGAUCCUCCACUUUCCUCGGAGAGACAAACAAUUCGGUAGAUCAAAAUAAGAUCAUCGUUUCUGGCGGUUCCGCCGGCGGUUGGCUUGCAUUAUUCCUCGGGAGCGGAAUAGGCUUUGAAGCAUGCUCCCUUACGCCACCAGAGCCGCCGCUCGCUGUCGUUCCAUUGUACCCCAUCACCGACAUCUGUUCGCCAUUUUUCAACACAAAGCAUUCCCCCGUUUCGUAUUUCGGACGGAUGAUCGAACAUUCGGAAGUCGCCGAGUACAUGAAUCCAAGUGCGCCUGCGACAAGCGAGUCGGUACUGGAGAGCACGAGAUCAAAAUGUUACCCGUAUAUGGUUCAAGAGGCCAUAGAAGCCAAACUUCUUCUAGAAGGUACUGGUAUCCCCCCAGAAGCUUUCAGUAUCGCCUCCGCUAUCGCUUCCAGCGCGGCCAAACUUCCGCCAAUGUUUAUUGUUCACGGAACGUAA